AUGCCUCACAUGAACCUGCUGUACCCUUUCUGGGAAGACAAUGCGGACAACUUCCACAGAGCCGCGGAGAUUAUGCGAACAGCGCUGGCAGGUACAGAGCCAUUCGAGGUCCAUCUCGCCUCAUUCAACGUCUUCCACCACGGCAAGAGCUGCACUGUGUGGCUGCAGCCAACUCCCUCGCCGCCUCUCAUCGCCCUUCAGCGCACACUGGAAGCUGCCUUCCCUGAGUGCAACGACCUCAGCCAAAUUGUGGCUGACGGCUUCUGCCCUCACCUCUCCGUUGGCCAGUGGCGCACAAGGAAGGACGCAGAAGCAGCCAUCAGUUCAUUCCAGGAAAAGUGGACGCCUAUCACCUUUCAACUAAAUUUUGUCUCGCUUAUCAGUAGGCAAGGUUACCAUGAUCCUUUCCUUGUGCAGGUGCAAGUGCCGCUAGAUCACUCGGGCGGAGGGGUGUUGGUGGGCAAGGUGGACGCGCUGCAGCACGCGGGGGUGCUGCAGAGGGCGGUCGCGGAGGGCGCUGGGGACGACGGUGAGCCGCCGCUGUUCGUGUGGGCGGAGAAGGGACGCCUGCAGCCGUGCGACGAGUUCCACAGCGAGGACGUGGUGGCGUGGGUGACGCGGAAGAGCGGGCGCAGUGUGGCCGCGCUGGACCCCGCCUCGCCCUCCGACCUGCCCUCUCUCGACUCGCUGCUCGACGACUCCGUCACUGCGCUCGCCCUCGCUCUCGUGCAUGACACUCAGGGCACAGCAGCAGCGGAGUUCAGAGGCGCAUCUAAGGACGUGGAGGGGGUGCGGUUUGCGCUCACCACGCACGCUGCAGUGGCCACCGCGCUGGGCUGGCAAGGGGACGCUGCUGCUGCCCUGGCGCGUGCAGGCGCGGAGGGGGGCGUGGUGGCCGUGCUCAAGAGCAGAAACGACACCUUUUCGCAGUUCAAGGGCGAGCUGGCUCGCAAGGCGGUAGCGGAGUUCGUGCACGGCAACAGGCUGCCGCUCUUUGUGCACAUGGGCGAUGCUGCUGCUGAGGAAUUCGGGAAAAACACCAAGUGGCAUAUCGUGAUCUUCUGCCCGCGCACCGACUACCCUCACUUUGAGGAGUCUCUCACUCCCCUGGCCAGGCAGCACGUGGGCAAGGUGUUCUUCAUGGUGGUGGACUCGAGUGACGAGGACACAUCAGGCCAGCCCAUGGACUACUUUGGCAUCCACGAGGGCGAGACGGCCGUGCUGGCUGUGCUCUCAUACACGGAGGAGGGCGAGCAUCACGAGACCAAGCACCGCCUCGCAGGGGAACCUACUCUUUCUAACAUGCAGGAAUUCAUAACAGCCUUCUUGGCAGGUGAACUGCCGCCCUACUACAAGUCCGACCCUGUGCCUGACCAGAACGAUGGGGUGGUGCGCACAGUGGUGGGCAGCACGUUCAAGGAGAUUGUGAUGGAUGACUCCAAGGACGUCAUGCUCAUGCUGAGCUUUUCGGACGAGUGUCCAUCGUGUGACGACCUGCUGCCACACUUCACGCAUCUGGCGGAGCGCCUGAGCGACCGCCCCGCGCUGCUCUUCGCUGCCAUGGACUAUGCCUCCAAUGAGGUGCCGGGCCUUGAGCUAGAGGCGUUCCCAACGGUCAUGCUCUACCCAGCUGGCAGGAAAUCUGACCCGGUGGCAGUGGAGGACCGGCUAGUGCGGUGGAAGCACAUGGUGCGCACACUCAGGCAGCACGCCGGCACCGCACUGCACCUGCCUGAAAACCUGGAGGAGGAGGUGGAGGAGCAGGGGGAGGAGUACGAGAAGCAGAGGAGGAAGGAAGCUGCAGCGGAGCAGGCAAGGCGAGAAGCAGGCGAGGUGAAGGACGAGCUGUGA